AUAUUUAUCGCGCAUAUCGGAGUCGUCAGAAACACACUGUUCCCGAAGCGGAUUAGUGAUGAGGAGCGUGUGACCAUUGCGCGAAGUGUUAAUUGUUGCCCACCUGCCCCAGGCGGCUUAGAGGAAUACUCGACAGGUGUAAAAAAUCAGAAAUUCACGGAGUCGGAUUCGGGACGCAUCGACGUGUCGAGAAAGCAACAGCGGCGGCAGGCCGCAGGGUUAAUUGCAAAUGGCGUCGCCAGGCGAUGACGUAUCCGCUGCAGCAGGAGAUUUUGACAAGCUGAAGUUGUCGCCGGUGAGAACAGCCGACGGUACGAAUUCCCGGAACGAUGCGAAGGUCUUCGAACCCCAUCUCUGGGGCUUCGAGACCCGCGAACUCUACAAAAUUGCCUUAAACUUCUACAAAGAAAAGGAAGGUAAAGCCGUUCACUUGUCUUACGAGGACAAGUUGAAGUUGGUCGCAUUUACGCAGCAAGUGAUGCAUGGAAAAUGUACAGUAGAAAACGCGCCUCCCUUGGGAGUAUUAGAUAUGAUAGGUCGGGACCGUCGUUUGGCUUGGCAAAACCUUGGGGACAUAUCGAAAGAGGAAGCGAUGGAGGGUUUCAUUGUAUUGCUCGACAAGCUGUGCCCGUUGUUCAAGACCGUGGUCGAGGCGCAGAAAAGAGAUCUGGAGGAGAAGGCUAGACUGAAAAAAGAGGAGGAAUUGAAGAGGCUGGAGAAGGAAGAGCAGCUCAGGGAGCUUGAGAAGCAGCAGCAGAUGGAAGAGGAGGAGAGGCUAAAGCAGGAGAGUCAGAGACGGCAGAUACAGGAGGCGCUAAAUCAGCAAACCUACCACCAAUUCAAGGCCUAUGCGGAGCAGCAGUACCCCGGAAACCCGGAGCAGCAAGGUGUGUUGAUAAGGCAACUGCAGGAGCAGCACUACCACCAGUACAUGCAGCAGCUCCAUCAGAAUCAGCUGGUGAUAGAGGAUCAGGGCUCGGACACCGAGAAGAAAGAGAAGCUGGCGGAAAUCCUGAGCAGUGAGAGCGAGAAGAACGCUGCCGAUUCAAACGAAACUACGCCACUGAAUGAGAAUGAUUCGGAUGACGCAGAGCCGGACUGGCCACCCGUGUCCGCGGCUGAAAUGUGGACUAGAACCGGAGUAGAAGAGUUCAAAGAGAUCAUUCGCAAGGAGGCUGGCGACGCCGUCAUCAAAGUUGGACACGGAGAAACCGUCACUGUUAGAGUUCCGACCCACGAGGAUGGUUCCUGUCUAUUUUGGGAGUUUGCCACCGACGGGUACGACAUAGGGUUUGGGGUUUACUUUGAAUGGUCCAAACCGGAGACCAACCAGGUCUCCGUCCACAUCAGCGAAUCUGAGGAUGAAGAGGAAGAGGAAGAGGAGUACGAGCCCAGGGAGGACCUGGAGAAUGGAGCAAUGAACGGAAUCCCAAAGUCUGAAUUCAGUAAACCGAUCACACCGCCGAUCAGUGUUAUUGUACCUGUCUAUAGGCGAGAUUCACAGGAAGAGGUUUAUGCCGGUAGUCACCAAUAUCCGGGACAAGGUGUCUACCUCUUGAAAUUUGACAAUUCCUAUUCGCUUUGGCGCAGCAAAACUCUGUAUUACAGAGUUUAUUACACGCGACCGGGUUUUACAAAUAAUUAGUAUUAUAAUAUAUAAUGAACUACUUAAGUACGUCGCAUAGCUAUUCAACACACUAGCCUGAAACGACUGUCUGUACGCUAGUCUAAACAAAACAAAACGACAAAAAUAUAUAUAUAUAUAUAAAUAUACGUCUAUAUUUCACGUACUGUCUAGCCUCUAAAAAGAAAAAAACAAGACAAGACAUGCAAGAAAUUCAGAAAAAAGAUACAUAUGCAUAUAUAUUUAUUAUAUUCACGAAGAAAUUGAAUAAAAAAAUUUUUUUUAUUUGUUUUA